CCAUUGGAGAUGGCCUAGUUGCCGUGUGUGGUUGGCUCUCGAGAAAACGGUAAUCAGAAAAUUAGAUUACGGUCGCCGACCGUUCUCUGAUUCAUGGAUGAUUCACCGGAAUUUUUCAUCUACAUUCUUCGCAUCAAUCUAGUGGUGGACUUUUUUGGUUAGAAGCUGGAAGCAAAGGAAAUACCGAUUUUGACACUUAAAUCACUUUCAAAUUCAGCGGUCCCAAUUAUGGAAAGAUUUGGAUAUAUCCAAUUAUGCGCAGGUCCAAAUCAAAUCAUAGACAUGGGUGAAGAACAUUUCCUAAAUACAGGAGUUAUUGGAGCAACACACGUCUUUUUCUGCAAACACACUUUAUUAUACAUACAGAUUUGUAGUGCAAGAGGCAAUGAGUAGCACUUCAAAUGCCGUAACACCCUCAACCAAGGAGACUUCGUAUUCAAGUUGUAACAAUCAGCCACUGCAUUGCCACAGGCAUCCUAGGCGGGAUAACGGUGUCUCUGCUUCAAGAUUCAAAGGUGUUGUUUGUCAACAAAAUGGGCACUGGGGCGCGCAGAUCUAUGCCAACCGCCAUCGCAUUUGGCUUGGGACAUUUAAAUCAGAAAGAGAAGCAGCAAUGGCAUAUGACAGUGCAGCAACCAAACUUCGAAUUGGAGACUCCCAUAGAAACUUUUCAUGGACAAAUGCGACAUUCCAAGAGCCAUACUUCCAGAGCCACUUCAGUACAGAAGCAGUGCUAAACAUGAUCAAGGAUGGAUCCUACCCAUCGAGGUUUGCUGAUUUUCUGAGGAUGCAAUUCCAGAGGGCAGGAAACGAUGCCAGUCUAAACUUGAUGCCUAAGCAUGGUAAUGGAGGGCUUAUGUGUACACAACUUUUCCAAAAGGAGCUCACACCGAGUGAUGUGGGCAAGCUUAACCGGCUUGUGAUUCCAAAAAAAUAUGCUUUGAGGUAUUUCCCUGAUAUAUCUAAAGACGCAAAAGAAAAUCUGGCAGAUUUUGCAGUUGAGGAUGUGCAGCUAGUUUUCUAUGACAGGUUGAUGAGGUCAUGGAAAUUUCGAUACUGCUACUGGAAGAGCAGCCAAAGUUUUGUCUUCACUAGAGGUUGGAAUCGAUUUGUGAAGGAAAAUGGGCUAAAGGAAAAAGAUAUCAUUAGGUUUUCUGUAUGUAAAUGUAGGGAGGGGCCAAACCAGAUGCAGACCUACCUUAUGGUUGACGUGGUCUAUAAUGAUCGGGUGGAUAGCAACGCGAGUGUGAUCGAGGACUUGAACGAAGACACUGGCAUGCAGGGGCAAUUGCAACAGUUUGAGGAACAAAAUAAUGAUGCUGAACAUGAACAGGAUUAUGAGAAAGAGAUGACAAGAUUUCAUCUUGGACAGAAUGUUGGGUGUGUUGAUGGUGAGAAGCAGCAAGAGAUGGCAGUUGAAUCAACUGGAGGGCAAAAGGGUCUUAGGAUUUUUGGAGUGCAAAUACUCUGAACAGGAUCAAGUCUUUUGCCUUCUCAACUGAGGUUUACUGCCAUGAUUUUCAAGUCUUUCUUUUAGAGUUUCCAUAUUCACCAAGGAUAUUUUUGAGCUUCACAUAUUAGGUAAUCGUCUAAUUAACAUUCUUACUUAACCAUCUUAGAUUACUUCCAUUAGUUUUAUCUAGGAAUUGAGGAUGGUGCUUUAUUAGUUUAUUUGUUUUGCAUUGUCGAGCAAGUCCUACCCAACUUUCUAGUCAAUUUCUUGUGAUUUUUAUUAAUUAUUAUAACCAUUAUUAUUUUUGGCUGGAGCAA